AUGGGUCAUCAGAAGGAUGAAAUCCUUAGCCAGAACUACACCUACAGUAACAACAACAACAACAUUAGUGCCGCGGGAAGCCACGGUGGCGAAAACGGCGGCGAGCUAGGGUUGGGAAGCAACGGCGGCGGUCGACCAUCGAAGAAGCAAAAACAGAAACCCAAGGUUCCACAGAGAGGGCUGGGAGUGGCGCAAUUGGAGAGGAUCAGGCAGCUGGAAGAGCAACAACAACAACAACAACAGACAAAAUCCGACCACCGCCACUCUUACAACCACCGCAGCCACCCCACCGCCGGCGGCAGCUCUUCGUCGACUCACGACUACAGCGGCAGUGGGUUUUCAUCGGCCGGAAACAACAACAACCCUAACUCGAUUUGGUUCCUUCCCUGUCAUUUGGUUAAUAAAGCACCACCGCCACCACCUUAUUAUCAUAAGAAGUACCAGCCGCCGCCGGCGACGCCAUCUUUCACCCCUUGUUCCUACAGUUCCUCCAUGAUGAACGGUACCACACCGCCGACAACUCCUUCGUCAUCCUCCUCGUCGGUCAUAAACUUCCAUGCAGAUACUCCAUCAUCGACGGCGAACCAGAGCUUCUACAGCAACUUCUCGAGCUUUGGCUGGCCGCUGGUGGACGAGGAGACGGUUGGGAUGAAGAGAGCGCAUCCCUCGUCGUCGUCCAAGCAGGAGAUCGGCAGCAAAGAGAUUGGCGAGGUCCGGCCACAUCCUAAUUUCAUGUACCAUAAUAAUAACCUCAGCAAGCCGCCAUUCCCGUCGGUUGUUCACCACCACCACCAUCACGAGUCUCCUUCCUCCUUCAACUUCGGCUCCGGACCGGUCUUCAACUUCUCCUCACCAAACACUCACUAUUUUAGAGACGGGUGCUCAGGUUGGAACGUGACGUGGCAAGCCGAUUCUAGGAGACCGAUGCGAGAGAGUGGGUCAACGACGGCGACUUUCCCUGGAGAUUUGCUCACUCUGCCUCCUCCGGCAACUAAUAACACAGCUCCUGCUUCUAGUUCAACGGCGGAAGCCGCCGGCGGAGGGUACUGUAACUCAAGUUUUCGACUCAACGACGAUCCCCGCCAUUUUCAUCGUGCGACUGAGAAGUCCGAACUCGACUCAUCGUCGCUCCACAGUUAUCACCCUCACCACCACCACCGUCGCCGUCGUCACCAUCAACAACAGCAGCAGCCGGCGGGGGUUUGCCAUAGAGGCUGCUGCAGCUUCUUCCCCCACGAAGUGAUUAACGUAGAAGAUGAAAGACGGAGUUCCGUUAUUAUGAACAAUAAUUAUAACGGUACUAAUCAAGAUCAUCAUCAUAAACAUGAAAACGUUGACCUCAACUUGAAGUUGUAA